AUCUGUGCUGAUUCAUAGGUCGCUUAUUAUUUCAUCAAAUCCCAACGGUCGAUUGCGUAUCGCCGAGCGAAAUAGUCCAACUCAUUCACUGGCGCAAAACACUAAUGUAGGAAACGAGAGAACCAGUACCGAUGUCAGUGGAAGUCGAAGACAGUGGAAGUCGUAGAGAGGGCCGCGCGGGAGAAGCGAGCAACCGAGAGAAGCGAGCUAGUCGCGGGGAUAUAUACGACGUGGAUCGUGGGUUCUCCAUCGCGCGAGAGUAAGCUGGCUUAGUUGCCAGCUGGUGGCCGGCGCGGGCGGUCACGCGUGCGUCUCACGCAAUCGCGCGCGCGCGCAUGUGUGUGUGUGUGCGUGUAUGCGUGUGUGUACAAGCGAAAAAUAGGCGCUCUUUGCUCUGCCCGGCUGAAGUAAAGAGCGGCGUGGACCGCAACGAAGCGUGGCCGAGGCGGAGUUGCGGUCGUAGAUGCGUCCAUUAUCGCUACCGUUAUCGUGAUUCUCGCGUGAUAGCGCGGGAUGCGCGCUAUUAGGUUUUGCUAAUUCGCCAGUAACCGCCAGUCCGGUCCGAGGACACCGGAGAAACACCGGAGGAAAUGUCGUCGGUGUUCUCGAAGCUGAUCGACGGCGCGUCCGCGCGCUACGGCGUGCGUCAGGAGACGCUGACGUGCGGCGUCGCCGGCGCGGCCACGGCGCUUUAUCUUCUGAAGCUCGCUUAUCCGCACAUCGUCACGCGUAUCAAAGAGUCCGCACGGAACAGAAGUCACGAACGUCACGGCUCGAAACACAAUGGAAACAAUGACGUACUCCGAAGCGAUCUUCCCGGCAAUAAUCCCACCGGAAAUGGCGGAAAAAAACAAAGAUUGUCCGUCGGAUUGGAUCGCGAUUUUUUCCGACAGCUGAUGAUGUUGUUGAAGAUUAUGGUGCCGGGAUGGCGUACACGAGAGAUGGGUUUAUUGGCAUGCGCAACAUUGACGUUGCUGGCGAGAACUUUCCUCUCGGUAUACGUAGCCGAACUCGAGGGUCAGAUUGUGAAGAGGAUAGUUUUGCGCGACGUGCGCGGUUUCGGACUGAUGCUCGGACGAUGGUUCGCCAUCGCUUUGCCCGCCACCUUCGUCAACUCCGCCAUCAGAUAUCUCGAGGGUCGGCUGGCACUUAGCUUUAGGGAACGUCUGGUGAAGCACGCCUAUAAGAUGUACCUGAGUCAACAGACUUACUAUAGGGUAUCAGCUUUAGACACUAGGCUUGGCGGUGCCGAACAAAGACUGACAGAUGACUUGUCGGAGUUAGCUAGUUCCGUAGCACAUUUGUAUUCUAGUUUAACAAAGCCGCUGUUAGACUGUGCUUUAGUCGGUAUAGCGCUUAUUUCGUUUUCGCACAAAAUGGGAGCAAAGACAAUACCAGGACCACUAUUAGCGGCAGGGGUUAUUGCUUUAACCGGGCAAGUUUUGCGUUUUGCUUCACCGAAAUUCGGCCAACUAGUUGCCGAAGAAGCGGCGCGCCGUGGAAAAUUAAGAGAGGCACACGCUCGUAUUAGUGCGCAUGCAGAAGAAAUCGCAUUCUAUGGAGGCCACGAUACAGAAUAUCGUUAUCUGAACUCCGCUUAUAAAUCUUUAGUAAAGCACUUGCACCGUAUUCUUGCUGUAAAACUGUGGUAUGUGAUGCUGGAACAGUUUCUCAUGAAGUAUGUGUGGUCAGGCACGGGACUUCUCGUUAUCGCCAUGCCGUUGCUUUACAAUACAGCUACGUCGUCGGGAAGUGGGAUGAUUAAUACAGAUAGCGAUGGUGGCGUUAGUGAGCGAACAAGAUAUUUGACCACUUCAAAAAAUCUCUUGAGCUCUGGAGCCGAUGCUGUCGAACGACUGAUGUCAUCUUACAAAGUAUAUAUCUUAAACCAGGUGACCACCUUUAAUCACCGGCCGAAUGGUUGUGGUAAGAGCUCUCUCUUCCGUAUCAUUUCCGGUCUCUGGCCCGUUUAUGAUGGAACUCUCGUCAGACCAGCCGAAAGAAAUUCUGCUGAGCAUGGCAGACCCGCUCUAUUUUAUAUCCCACAGAAACCCUAUAUGACAGUGGGUUGUCUUCGAGAUCAAAUCAUCUAUCCAGCGCACUCUAGAUCAGAAAAUUGCUCAGAUGACGAGCUAUUACAAUUAUUAGAUGAUGUGGAUCUACGAAGUAUUGUAGAACGAGAACCGGAAGGUUUUGAUGCUCUCGGUGAUUGGGAUUCCACUCUAUCGGGUGGUGAGAAACAACGACUUGCGAUGACACGACUUUUUUAUCACGCUCCACAAUACGCUUUGUUAGACGAAUGCACAAGUGCUGUCAGUCUCGAAGCAGAAGGAAUAAUAUACGAAACCGCGAAGAAAAAAGGAAUCACUUUGUUGACCAUCACUCAUCGAGUGGCGUCGCUCGCUAAAUACCAUAAAUUAUUAUUGAGAUUCGAUGGAGAAGGUGAUUGGACCUUCGGUCCAUUAGAUAUAAAUGGAUUACCGACACAAUUAAAUCAGGAAGCUAACAAAAAAGAAAUAGAGCAAGAAAAGGCGAAGACUGGCCACUAUCACAUGUUGCAUGUAUGUAGAAUACUUUAUCUGUGA